CUCCCGCCGAGGCGGCAGGCCAUUUUUAUUAAAAAUACUUCCGAGUACCACGACGCGCGCGGAUUUUUCGUUCGCAUCCUGAAAAUUUUAGUGCAUUUUAUUUUUGGACCCAAAUCUUUUAGGAAGUGGACGAUCAAUAAAAAAAAAUAAUUUAACAAAUUAACCAUUUUAAUAGUUCAAGAAACUGUGAUUGAGAAGUGAAUUCUUGAAUUGUAAAAAAAUACAAGUGCGCCCCGCGUUCUAUUUUCCGUGCUGGCUCGGGUGGAUUCGGUUGCGAAAAGUGGAGGCGCUCGGCCAUCUCCGGCUGCGCUCGAGGCCGCGCCGAGCAGGGCGUCCUACCAACCCCGCCCGUGAGCAACAGAGACGAAACACGUUGCUGACUUGGCGACAACAAGAAUGGAUUGAUGUUUUCACGUGGAAAACUCAUCCCUUCAACAUAUCCAUGUCAAGGUCCCGCGCCCGUCACACAUACUGCACGGCACUAUGAAACAUACAAAUUGAAAAUGGCUUUUAAAAAGUAAACAUUAUCUAUUGUUGACGUUUUAUUGUAUUGUUCAUGGAACACGAGAGAAUACUUAUGUAUACAUUGAGAAAUUGUUGGUAUAUUAGCUUUUAAGCCAGGACUGGUAAUCAUAUCUUCCAAAGAAGGAAUAAUAAGAGAUAGAAAAUGGCGACGCAACGAUUUUGUUUGAGGUGGAACAACCACCAAUCGAAUAUGCUUUCUGUGUUCGAUCAGCUGCUACAUGCUGAGACGUUCACAGAUGUGACGUUGGCUGUAGACGGCCAGCUACUUAAAGCACACAAAAUGGUCUUAUCGGCUUGCAGCCCGUAUUUUCAGGCUUUAUUUGUUAAUCAUCAGGAAAAACAUCCUAUCGUUAUAUUGAAGGAUGUACCUUAUGCAGACAUGAAGUCUUUAUUAGACUUUAUGUACAGAGGAGAAGUAAGCGUGGAUCAGGAGAGGUUAACAGCAUUUCUAAAAGUAGCUGAAAGCCUAAGGAUAAAGGGCCUAACAGAGGUGAACGAGGAGAAGUGCGACAUUCCAGCUCUCACUAACUCCUUGAUACAGCAACAGUCUGGCGGUGCGACACAAACCCCACCUCCUCAGUUACACAGAAUACAUCCCUAUAUGCACCAGAAACGGCCAGCGUCUGGAAUGCCUACGGGUGGAGCGCCUCCGAAUUUAUUAAUGCCACUAUUGGGCAAUGCAUUAAUGCAACCGAAAAGAAAACGAGGUCGGCCUAGAAAAUUAAGUGGAAGCUCGAGUGACGCAUUAAACACGGCAGCCAGCCCCCCAGGAGAGUUUAUUCCGGAAUCAGCAUCCCAUGCAACUUCUAAUAGAGCUGGCGAUCAAUUAAUUCGAGGAUCACCAGAAAUGCUUGAAGUAAAAAUGUCUAUGGAUGGUUUCGGUGCAGAAGACGGCACUACUUCUGGAGGAGAAGAAGGAAGUGAAGCACUUCUGAUUGAUGAAGGCGACGACGCGCAGUCAACUGAAGCCCCAACCGGGAAAGACUCGGAAUCUGCAGAUUUUCAUUACACCUAUGAAGACGAUGGUGACGGCAAUUUACCCAUAAUAACGCUAGAAGUUUUAUCAGAUGCUUCGAGCAUGGAUUAUAUACAGACAACAAGCGAAAUGUUAACCGAUCCAGAUACUGCAGGAAACACAUCAGGCAUGCAUUUUCUUACAGAAACUGUUAAUACUGAAGUGGUGCAAAAAAUGGAUAGUGAUAAGGAAGAAUUGAAAGAAGUUCCUAAAGCAAGGACUGAUUUGUUGGAAUACAUGACGAGGAAUGAUGGCAGUGUUAUUUGUAAGUUAUGUGGGGAGAUCCUGCAGAGUCGAACACAUUGGUAUAGGCAUAAGUACAAACUUCACGUCGGCCAUCCACUGAAUCCCUCCCCUCUUUUCCAAUGCGAGCAAUGCCUUGUGUACUUUAAAAGCAGGAAAGGUUACAUCGGACAUUUGGCUAGUAGGCAUAGUGAAGUCCUGGGAGACUCCAGUCCCGUGUUGACAAAUUCACAAGCGGAGGCACUAUCUAAAGAAAUGGCUCCUACAACCCCAGCUCCUCCCGAACUCAAAGAGGACCCGGACCCAGAACUGUCGAUACCAAAAACCAGUGUGCCAAAUUAUCAGACUAAUACCAAACCGGCCAAAACCACAGAGACGAAAAAAUCUUAUAGAGGGCAAAGAGAUCAAUCAAAUAUGACGGAGGACCAGAGAUCGAAAGAAGAGAAACUGAUAGCGGACAUCAUAGACAGAGUGCGACGGGAGUGUGAGGCGCAGGGCUCCGGAGGCUCCACCAGGAAAGGGUACUCCCGCCGCACCACUGUCAUGCACACAUAAAUCUAUCUCCAAAGUUUAGACUACUCUCUUUCUCUCUCAUCUGAGCGCGCUUCCGAUUUCAUUGAGGCGCCCCGAAUCCCAACAAAUUUAAUAAACCUUUAAAUUUAGAAUAUUCGACUGCGAUAUUACAACCGGCCAUUGCUGUUAUUGCUUAAUAACUACAGUCCCUUAGUCGCCUCGUACGACAUCCAUGGGGAGAGUGGUCCUAUUCUCAAGCUUGAACCGGACGCCGGACAGUCGAGGCACGGUGUAGACUAUUGAAGUUCCUCUUUGUCGGCUUGCUAGCGCUAGAUUUAGCCGAUGCCUUACUUCUAAAUUAAAUCUAACUACCUACUUCCGUUGAAAACAAAUUUGAAGUAUAUUAUUACGUUUUACUCUCAAUUCCUACUAAAACUACAAAAUAUAAUAGUAGUCUACUUACACCUAGCAUAUGUCGUCCCGUGGUCGCCCGGGUCCUAUAAGUAGUUAUAUAAGAAUUAGUUAUAACAAUACCUCACACAUCAAAAAUAUUUGACAUGAUCAUUAACUUUAUGUAGAUGAUUAGGAAUCAUACCUACCACAGAUCUACAGAUCAAUCAGUCUUAAGGCUGUAUGAUCUGCGACACAUACAAGACAUAGAAAACACUUAGAACAGUCUGGCUUUCAUGGCAAUUGAUGAUGGUGGCAUAGGGCCUUAACAGAAAUGAAAAUCAAUCACUAUACAGAGGCCAGUAUCCAUGGCCAGCUUAUAUCAUAAGGUGGCCAGUUACAUACAUUACAGUAUAAAUACAUAGUAGGUACUUUUUGCCCAUACUACUAUAUAAAGAGUUUAUUCGCAGAAAAUAUAACAGACGAUGUUUCAAUAGGGAUUUAUUAUAUUUAUCGAUACCACUAUUCAUAUUACUAUACUAUUUAAUGGUGUUUGUCGAUUAACAGUGUUGUGCUAUUUACCUUCUGGUUUAAAUAAAAAUUCCUAAUUUUUUAUAAAAAUCUUGAGCGCACAAAGCCUCGAUACUAUUUUUUUUUAAAUUCAUUAUAUGGCCUACUCUAGUGGUCUCUUAGUAGAUAAUGUGCUCAUAAAUUCGUGCCAAUUUUGUAAAUAAAAAACAUACCUAUGUACUUAGGUAGAAUAAUCGUACUUUCUAGCUGAGUGAAAAUGUAUUAAAAUAUAAUUUUGGUCCCAUUUGUUUAUAUUUUUAAGAAAAUAAAAUAAUAUCAUUUUAUAUUUUUUAUUACACUGCACAGAUGUGAGUUGGCUGAUCAGCUGAUCGGACUUUGUAUUUUAUGUUGUAGUUAGUUUGACUGUUUUAUUUUUAUUAUUAUUUUAAAACUUGUUGUCGGAAAUUUGUGCAGUGAAUAAAAAUUACCUGCAUACAUAUGUGGUUUGGGUGGGUACAUUGUGGUUGGUGUGGGUGGCUUUUUACAACAAAGUUUCAUAUCAGCAUUGAUGGAACAAAGAAAUCUAUAGCAAAAACAGUCUUUACAUUACAAAAAAAAUAUUUUGCUUUAACAUGCAAAUUGACCGAUCAAUAAUUGAUCAAUAUUUAUUUUUAAUAGUAUUUAUUUAUCGUGUACUGAGCAUAAUGCGUAAUUAUAGUUGGUGUUUAAAAUGCCACCCAAGUAGUUUUAAAUAUUUGAUAUCUAUAAUAAUACUGAAAGGUUUACUACUUUACGAAUACUUCUUUUUAUAAGUAAAAGCACAUACCUACUCAAUAUUACAUUACAGCUAGAUACUGAGUUCAUAAAUUUUGAAUUUUGUGGACUUUGUACAUACUUUGUGCCAAAGAUUUAUCUAACUUAAGGUGCCAAAAUUUGUCCAGAAUGUAAAUAUAAAUAAGUGAAAGUUUUAAAAUUAAUUCCAAAUUAUUUACCUAUAUACUUACUAAUAUGGUUUCCUAAAUUCUUAUCCACGAUUAUUUAUAAUGAGAGACCUAGCACAGUUCAGAGAUAUCAAGGUUUUAAUUAAGUUGCUUUAAUGGUUUCCACAGAUAUGCCUUCUAAGUUAUUUAAAUGUUUAGCCUUAAUUUUAAUGGUUUUAACAUAAUACCCACUAUUCCGAAUAUCUCUACUAAUUAUCCCGUUAGCCCCACGCUAAUAUAAGGGAACAUCAGUACUUAGAAGCAGGCGCACUAAUGAUUAUCAACAUCUAAGAUAGAUUUUUAACUUUCCGGAGUUCCAAAGACUAACCCUCUCGUUUUUCGAAUAAAUAAAAAUAUCGUUUUUCGAAUAAAUAAAAAUAAAUAAUAACAACUUAAUACCGCUAUGUCCAAGUUGGAAUUGAUGACUUUAAACCGUGGCAUACACUCUUUCAAUCUCAACAACUCUCUCUUCAACUCUUUCAAGUAGGUAGAUCUCUACAAAACAUCUAUUGAUAAAUAAAACCGCGAUUUUUAAUUUCGGUGCAGCUUGACGAACAAGUUGCAUUAUAGUAGUCUAUUUAGAUUUUUGAAUAUGGAACUAACAAAGGAGUCUUAUGUCUUAGUAUUUUUUUAAAUCUAAGCAAGAUUGCUAAGAUUUUUUAACAUUGUUGUUUAGAAAGGCACAAGACUCAUUCAUUUUAGUUGUUUUUUUUCUAUAGCUACAGACCUUUUUUUGGGGCCGAAUUAUUUAUACUAGGAAUUCAAUUUUUACAGUUUAUUUCCCUUCCUUAAUCGGAAAGUUAGGUACUUUCUUAAGUUUUUCCUUAACAUAUCUAGGUACCUACACUUGUCAGAGUUUAUAUUAUGAGAAAUGAAAACUAUUUUCGUCCUUAUUGCACUUUAGACUAUUUGACACUGGCUGUACUUACUUUUGUUUUAUGAUUGUAUUCUUUUUAGUAUUAAAACUCGUCUGUGGAAUCCUUUAACUUAAGAUAGAUAUUAAGCAGAUAUUAUACCUGUACAUAACUAUUUUUGGAAAAAUAUCUCGUUAGUUUGGUUUUAAUUUUUAGUAGGUACAUUUUUUACUGUUUAAAUUGUUAUUUAUUGAAUUACUUACCUAUGUUGAAAUGUUUUUAUAAGGUGAUGGUUAAGUAUGUAUCCCUGUUUUAGUUUCUUUAGCACGAGAAGUGAGACUGGCAAUUUAUAUAGGUUAGAAAUAAUGUAAAAGAAAGAAAAUAUAUAACAUAAUUUUUCUUCCACCCAAUACAUUUUCAAAACAGACGCGCUACGAUUAAUUUUUACGAUUAAUUACCCAGAUUUUUAGGGCCAUUUUCACCGGUUGCUACAAGUGUUGGAUACGGCUAACUGGCCAAUCACGUCAGUCAGAUUUAUCUAGCAGAUUAGUUUAUCUGUCAGAUUACAACAUUAUAUUUUAUUAGAAAGUGGUGAAAAGGGCCCUUAAUCUCGUAUCUCUUUUUAUUAAUAUGUCUCUGUAAACCCAAAUUAAACGUUAAUUCGUAUUAGAUUAAAAUAUGUGUCAAAUUUGUAAAAUAAUAUUUACCUAUACGAAAACUGUGAUGAAUGUGGCUCAGAAAUAAAAUAUCAAUAAAUAA